AUGAUGAGUCAAGCCUGCGUCCGGCUCCCGGCUGCGCGAAGGGGUACAUUCUGUCUCGAGUCUAGAAGUCAGGCCGCAAUGAGGGUGACGAAGAAAAGGGUUCAACCGGUUUGUUUCUGUUCCCUUCUGUUGCCAGGUGUUUAUCAUCGGUUCAACUUGAAUCUGCCCGACUUCCUUCCCGUCCGUGGCAUCUGCGGUCAUGCUGGGCUCCUCGGGACCAGCUCCUCCGUACCCGGCCUCCUGACUGGCGCAUCAGCUGCCUCGUGUCGCCAGGCGACGCCCGGUUUGUCGGGUCUAUCCAACCAGGCCGGUUCACCGUUGCUGUCGUCGUCUUUCGGGGCAACGGCUGGGCUGGCUUCCGCCUCGUCGCCACUUCUUCUCGACUACACACUCGACUCUCCGCUCACUCGACUUGGCUUUUUUGUCGCCAUCGAGGUAGGCCGAGCUCUUCGACACACGUUGUCAUUGCCGCCGACGUAUCAACAGCAGUCCAGUUCAGAGGACGUUUUGGGCCUCAACUUUGCUGUAGUCUCGGCGGCUCACAGCGUUCAAGAUGGAGUCCGGCCGGUCGGAUCCAAACCGACCGUCACAGACCUGGCGUCUAGUCAGAAGCUUGUAGUCUAUGCGUCGCCGGCGCUGCGCUGCGUUCAGACGGCAUAUGCACUACUGGUC